AUGUCUGUACUUCCCGCUCGUUCUGGUAAUCCAGGAGAACUUGCGCUGCAACCUAGCUUUUUCACGUCAUCCUUAUUUGUCGAGCCUCUACGCGAAGACAUCUCCUCGUUGCUCUCUGCCUUCUCUGGUGCACUGCAUGCCGACUCUCAAGGAUUUCAUCACGGAGUACCGACAGCCGUGGCUACAUCAUCCGCGGGAUCGCCUGACGCAGGGCCAGAUGGUCAACCUCCGACUUCCGCGGCUUCUCUGAAUGCUGAGCCUUUUUCUGUCUUCAAACGCAUCUGGGAGGAGCAAGGCUGGGCGAUGCUGCAUUGGAAGGCUUUUGACUCGCGUAGCAGGCAUUCUUUCGUACGCGUUGUCUGCCGCUUAUUCUUGGAGCGUACACUCGCGAAGGAAAGCCUGAUUGACCGCGUCGGGGCGUUAUUCGGCUUGUAUACUUUCUUCUGCAGUCAGCCUGAGAGCUCAUCUCCACCCAUCCAUCGAGUGAGGUACCUUGAGAUUGCGACAGACCACCUUAAGGCGCUGCUCGGAUUACCGACGCUUCUCCAGUUGAGCGACCGGGAUGGCCCACUUGCACCAUAUGUGGCCCAUAUACUCAAUGAGCUACGAAAACGGAACAUCUUUCACAUAUUACCCGUGUCAACGUUACAACCAUAUCUUCCCGCCACCCUACCACGAGAGAUCUUUGUCCCAGAAACCGAACCUAUCGGACUUGCAGAAGAGUCCGCGGCGCAGAAGCGCCCAGGUAGACCCACGAAGAAAGACGAAGCGCGCAAGGCCCGCGCCGCGGCGACUGAGCUUGGCAAAUGGAUUGAAAAGACGAAUCCGCCACCUGGUGCGGAUCCCAAUACCUCUGCGGCCAUGGCUGGUCAUCCGCAUGAUCUUCGAGCAGAAUACGUCGUUCAAAAGCAAAGCCUUGUAGCCGAGUUGCUGGGCUCCGAGGAGGGCAAGGAAGCGCUGGCGAAAGCACAGAACGGCACCUUGGGCCGCCUGCGCUUGAUCAACGAGCAGGCAGAGAAGCGAGGGAAAGAAGUAGGGGCCGAUGGACCCCGGGGCACCAUGUUGCGUCUUGAGAGAGCUAUCGGCGACGUCGGGACACCGGGGAGGGAAGGUGGGAUGCUCAGCCUUUUGGAGGGUGCCGGGAUGCCGCAAGAGGAGGAAGGCGGGGAUGUUGAGAUGACAGGAUGA